ACCAGAGCACAGAGCAAAAGGUAUAGCAGUAGCACCGCGGAGGUGCCUCAGCCAUAGACUUGCUUCAUGGCCGUCGUAGCCCCUCCCUCUCUUGCCCUUCCCCAACCCCAAAACCCCACCCCGAAGCCUCGCCGCCGGCCGCCGCGAGACGUCGCCUCAUGGACGUCCGCCAUCGCGCGCAAGGCGCGGCAGGGCGACCUCCCCGCGGCGGCCGCAGAGCUCUCCGCCAUGCUCUCCUCCCCCGCAGCGCCGGCCCCCAACGACGUCACCCUUCUCACCGUCCUCUCCGCUUGCGCCGGCUCGUCGUCCUCACCACUCGCCCGCCGCCUCGCGCUCUCCAUCCACGCCCGCGCGCUCAAGCUCUUCCCCUCGCACCUCCUCCUUUCCACCUGCCUCGCGCGCUUUUACCUCACGUCUCGCCUGCCUCACCUCGCCCUCCAGCUGUUCGACUCCAUGCCCGUCAGGUCGGCGGUCACCUACAACACAGUGAUCUCCGGCCUCAUGCGCAACGGCCUCGUCGACGAAGCGUUCGAGGUGUUCGACGGAAUGCCUGCCCCGGAUAAGGUCUCCUGGACGGCGCUCAUCGACGGGUGCGUAAAGAACGGGCGCCACGACGAGGCCAUCGAGUGCUUCCGCGCCAUGCUGCUGGAUGGCGUCGCGCCGGACUACGUCACGCUGAUAGCCAUCAUCGCCGCGUGCGCCCAGGUCGGCGCGCUCGGGCUCGGGAUGUGGGUGCACCGGCUCGCGGUCCGGCGGGGGCUGCAGCGCAACUUCAGGGUCGCCAACUCACUGAUCGACAUGUACGCGCGGUGCGGGCAGGUGGCGCUCGCGCGGCAGGUGUUCGGCGGCAUGAGGAAGCGGACGGUGGUCUCCUGGAACUCGAUGAUCGUCGGGUUCGCCGCCAACGGCCGGUGCGCCGACGCGGUCGAGCAUUUCGAGGCGAUGCGGAGGGAGGGGUUCAAGCCGGACGCGGUGACGUUCACCGGCGUUCUCACGGCGUGCAGCCACGGGGGCCUCACCGAGCAGGGGCUGAGGUACUACGACCUCAUGAGGGCAGAGUACGGCAUCGCCGCGAGGAUGGAGCACUACGGCUGCGUGGUCGACCUGCUCGGCCGGUCGGGGCGCCUCGAGGAGGCGAUGCGGGUGGUGACCUCCAUGCCAAUGCGGCCGAACGAGGUUGUGCUCGGCGCCCUCCUCGCCGGCUGCCGGAUGCACGGUGACGUCGUCAUGGCCGAGCGGCUGAUGCAGCACCUGCUCGAGCUGGACCCCGGCGGCGACGCCAACUACGUGCUGCUGUCGAACAUCUACGCCGCCGUCGGCAAGUGGGACGGCGCCGGGAAGGUCCGGAACCUGAUGAAGGCGCGGGGGCUGAGGAAGAGGCCGGGUUACAGCGCCGUGGAGGUCGACGGCGGCGUGCACGAGUUUGUCUCCGGCGAUCGGUCGCAUCCACAGGCUGAGGAGAUAUCUCACAUGCUCGCGUUGCUCAUUCAUGAGAUGGCAGGGCAUGAUUAUGAUCAUAUCGAUUUGUUGAAUAUGGAAUGAACUCAGGAGCUUGGAGUUGGAGAAUGCAGAAAGACUGACAUUUUGAAGUC